AUGGUCGAUUGGCAGCCACCACCUGAUUCCGCGGGUUAUUGCCUUACAAGGCUUAAUAUUGGGCUGAUUGUGAUCACUUCGGUCUUCGUCAUCACACGAUUAUGUAUACGAAUCUUCAUGCUUCGCUCUCUCGGGUGGGAUGACUUGAUGGCAACCAUUGCGUGGACUGGAGUUGUUGCGAUCUCAUGUCAGGGGAUCGUCGCUGUCAAGCAGGGCUUGGGCACACAUAUGAACCAAAUCCCUCCCGAGGCGCUGGAUGAGCUAUACAAGACUCUACUCACGUUUCAACUGGUCUUUUUCGCAUCCGUUGGAUUUGUCCGAUUCUCCAUCAUCGCUAGCUACUUGAAGCUGAGCUACGAGAGAUGGUUCCGCUUCGGGUUGUACAUUCUAGCCUUCCUUACCUUCGCCAUCACCGUGAUCGCCUUUUUCUUCUUGCUCACCGAGUGCAAGUAUAUCCCUGAUCAAUGGGAUCUCACGAACCCGAAACGACAGUGCAUCCCUAAAUCAGAAGAGGCCAAAAUGUUCUACGCAAACGUGUUCACUAUUGUUGCUAUCGACAUUGGCCUUCUCGCUCUGCCAAUCUGGCUGGUCUGGUCCACAAUGAAAUUUUCCGGCAAGAGGUUUCAGGUAAUCCUGGUUUUCUUAGUCGGCAUCUUUGCCGUCAUCGCGGGUAUUGUUCACAUGAUCCUGAUUGUGACUACUGAUUUUGCGGUGGACACAUCAUACAAGCUCAUCUUCGUCUGUCCCUGGUCUGCUCUUCAAGGUCACGUUGGUGUCUGGACGUCAUGUUUCCCAGCCUUUCAGCCCCUCUUCCGCCUGAUCAAGGAGAAGUAUUGGGGUACUAAGACCACCGUGCCAGUUCAACACCUGAACACUAUCAGUGAGGUUGAUCUAAGAGACCCCUCUCUCAGCACAACACAAAACGGAAGUACAUUGUCGGACAGCCUCCAAAGUGGCAACUCAAUUUGCAAAGGCCGGGAAGAUUGCUGA